UAGGGGCUCCCCUCCAACUGACCAGGCCAAGAAUCAAGUUUAGAUCGGCGCGGCGGACACGAGCACCAGAGAAUUAAAUAAGGCAAAAGGUGACUAUCUCUGGCGCGGCGUCGCGCUUUACAGUCAACUUGCUCUAUUUGCACUCGGCAUCAUUUUCGUAGGUGUUUCUUUCGGUGUUUGCUUUAACUUGGUGCUUCUCAAACUACUACAGGUGGUUCUUCAGUACGAUGACCGUUGACCCUCCAGUGGGUCAUUUUGACACAUGUCACUUCCAUGGCAGGAGGGCUGUCUAGCCCGUUGCCAGGACUGUGUCAACUCUUGCCCUACACACUUACCCGGCUUUCUGCAAGAAGAACCAUAUAAAAGGUUUAUGACAAUCGGAUCUGUUCGAUAUGGUAUGCGAGUGGGGGCGGUAAGCCCACCGCCCCCUGGCGCGGGACCUCGGUACCGUUCCCGGACGUGUUGCUGGCCAUCGGCUGCCUCUCAUCACGAUACCGUUGCCAGAAUCCCUCUGCUUCCCACUGCGCAUCCACCUAUUAAUAGUCUGGAUAUAAUUAGUUACGCAAACAGAACGGAGGACGCCAUCGCGACGUCAGAUCAGACGUUUGAAACAGUGCGAGACCAUGUUCCGAACUCGGGCGGGUGUUUGUUAAACCAAAAGUGCGCUUUUUUUUAUUCGCGACUAGUUGAUUCAAAUUCCAAAGACAAUAUUUCAAACCUGGACCGAUUGCCCAGGUUCCGCUUCGGCGGAAACCGCGCAGAAAAGCGAGGAGGUGACAAAUUUCGCGAAUUUACUGAACGGCUUAAGCGAAGCGGUACCUCUGCACCUGUUCCGCCCCCCAGAAGGCAUACUAGAGCUACUCCCCCACCUGUUGAGUUAUUAUCAUUACCGGUGCAAAAACCUAAUUCGUUGCCUUUACGCAGCGCCUCUUUUUCUCAAGUUGACUAUUGUCAUAAUGACAACAAAUAUGUGAGGCGUUGCAAUCAAGCACCAAACUUUUUAGAAGCAUCUCAUAAUACUUUACCCAGGCCUAAAAACUACACUCGUAGGGCAGAUGCAUUUGGAUCAACAUCACCUUUUCUUGACGUUCCAAGAAAUUUGCCACAGUUGCAAAUAACUGAAUCUGAAUUUCCUGAAAAGACUAUUGUAAGAACGCAAGAUCAAGAAAAUAAUCACAAUAAAAAAAAGGAUAAGCUUAAACGGAGAAAGGGCAUUUAUCUAUCUCAGUGGCCUACUAACGACGUGGAAAAUAUUUUGCCAAAAUACGAACAAGAAGUUAGUAGUGGUAUUUUAGAAGAAUCAUCUAACGUAUUUAAAGAGCCACUCUCUGGAGAAUAUAGCUCAAAAAAUUUUUGUAUUAUUGGUUCCAGUCCUCAAGAAGAACCGCUUAGUCCCGAGGAUAAUUGCCCGCCAUUAAAAUGGCCAGAUCCUCUAAUUAAUAAUAAUAUCAUACCCUUAAACAACAACGCUUUAAACGUCUCUGUAUCGAGAAGCAAUAGCAUUUUACCUACCGAUUCUCUGUCCGAAGGAGAACCCGAAUCCAACGAAAAGAAAUUUGAUCAAAUCUCCCUUGCACCAUCGGAUAUUUCUGACUGUGAAAGCCGUGUAAGCUGUUCUAGCGAUAUUCCCCGAAGGUAUUCAAAAAGGCCUCUAAGAGGGCCUUAUGGGCAAAUGUUAGAAGCAGAAAUGAAAAAACCCGAAUCAAGAAGGAAUAUAAGUAAUGAUCUAAAAUUUCUUGAAGAUAUGUCAAACACUUCUAAAAGUAAACACGCGCGGAGUAGAGGCUCUGGGAGCAGCUCCACAAAUGACUCAUUUAAUCGAGAUUCUAAAAAUAUGCCUGUUGUUAAAAGAAAAGUUAGUGUAGGAAAUCUUAAUGUUGAGCAAGUGGAAAAAGAAAACAGUUUAAUACCGAACCACCAGAGAACAACAUCAAGUCCAUCUAAAUUAGAAGGACUUACUAAUACAGGAUCGAUAGAACCAUCAAACGAACUUCUUGAGCAGCUACUUAAAGGAAGUUCAGAGCAAUUGGAAUUUAGAGAAAGAGGACAGCCAGCCUUAACUGACACAAGGACACAUGUACUCAUUGAGCUUUUCGAUAAUGAAAGAAUCUACGUAGAAUCACUAGAAAUAAUUGUACAGAAUUAUUGGGAACCCCUAAAAAAGACUGAAAGCACUUUAAUGGAGCAAGGUCUAGUUGAAGACAUAUUUGCCCAGAUUCCCUUUUUGCUGAAUCAUCAUAAGACUUUUCUAAUAAAAUUAAAAGCCAGACUCGAAACAUGUGAAACUAGAGCCACUAUAGGAGACCUGUUUUUAGAAAUGCUCACAGUUCCAGAAGUAAUAGAAAAUUAUGUAAAUUACGUUAAUAAUUGGAAACGAUCUAGAGACAUAUUGAAAACCGUUCAGUCUUCGAGGCCGCAAUUCGCCAGAUUUCUUGACGCUGCUUCAAAAAGCAAUGUAAGAAAACAAGCUUUGGAUUCACUCUUAAUAAAACCUAUUCAGAAGUUUCCUAAAUAUGAACUUCUCCUUCAAAGACUUAUAAAACAUACAGCUGACGAUCAUCCUGACUACGUUCUGUUAUUGAGGGCGCAAAAAGAAGUUCACGAACAACUUCUAAAAAUAAAUUGUACAGAAAAGGAAGCUUUAGAUAUAGAUCAACUUAGAGAACUGGAAGGUCUGAUAGAAGGAGUAUUAGAUUUAGUAGCAGCAGAUAGACAAUUUAUUAGGCAUGAUAUGGUAAUAAUGUCCCUUGGAGGAGGCGCAAGAAAAGAUCGAGCGCUUUUUUUAUUAACAGACCUUUUAUUAAUAACUGGUAUUAAACGCCGAAGUGGUACGAUAACAAAAAAGAUGCAAGGAGCAGUAAAUACCAAUAAUCUAGAAGGUAACAAAUUCAAGCUUAUGAUGAGAGUGCCAUUAGAAGAUGUAGAAAUUAUUCGAUCGAAAGAUGACAACGCUAGGCAACAACAACAAGAAGAAAUUGAUAAUCUCAACGAAGAUAUUGCCGUACUUAAUAAAAUAAACGAUUUAAGCCUAACGCUACAUUGCAAUCAUUCCAAUUUAGAUGACCUAGUUAAGGAAUUAAUCGGAAAUUUGAACAAGCAAUUGCAGAUGCAGCAAAGCUCUGAUAUGCAACUUUGUGUUUUGGACCUUUCAGUUUUAACGCAAGGUGGCAUCGAGAUGCUUUCAAUUGUGUUUCCUAAGGCAGAAGUUCGCGCCUCUUGGGAAGAAACCCUAAUGGAGCUUAAAUCAAAAUUAGGAGAUCGCCGUCCAACUCCAGAAAUGUUAGCAACUGUCCCUGUACGAAAAACUCGAGCUGGUUUGCAAUUUACUUGCGCAGCACCAACUCUUAGCGAUAACGGCCGGGAUGUCUGGAUCUGCAAUAGUGAUUCGUACGUAGGACAAGUGUGUAUUCUGACUCUCAAUGAAAAACCAGAGCCGGCGGUUACGUCUUGCAAUGGAGUCUGUAAUACCCGGAUAUUAUGCAUUGCAUCUGUACCUGGGCCGGGUUUGCAAAGCAGAUCAUUUACGUCAGGAAAAAGCAGAGAAAAAUUACAAACACAAAAAGCAAUGCAGUUCGAUAGUAGUUCAUCAAGUGACGAAGAUGAUCGACCCGACGAUGAUAAGAAAAGCGAGCAAAGAGAUUCCGAAAGCAGUCUACAUGGUGAGGAACCUGACAAACUUUCGACAAUGUGGUUGGGUACCGAAGAUGGCUGUAUACAUAUUUAUAACUCUAAUGAUAAUAUUAGGAUAAAGAAAAAUAAGGUUAGGCUUCAGUUGGGGUCGGCUAUAUUGUGUAUAAUAUACUUAGAACAUCGAGUAUUUGCUUCCAUGGCUAAUGGAGUACUAUUAAUUUAUGAACGAGAUGGAAAAGGCGGCUGGAAUACGAGCAAUCCUAAACAAUUACCAUUAGGCAACAGCCAGAGUCCGGUUACCAAAAUGGUGGUGUUUAAUUCAAAACUUUUCUGUGCCUGCGGUAAUAGUGUGGUGAUAUUUAAUCCUCAAACGUUUGAACGAGAAACUAUAUUGAUUGUAUUUAGCACAGAGGUUAUAAAACCACCACAAAAUCCACCAAUUUCUUGUAUGAUAAUAUGCGGCAAUGUACUUUGGUUAUCAUUGCUAAACUCAGCUCUUGUCAAAUGCUAUAAUGCUAUUACUUAUGAAUUGAUCUAUGAGACGAGCGUUGCGCCUGCUGUACAGAAAAUGCUAACAAGUUGUGAUGAUAUUAUAAAGCAACAUAAGGCCGCAUGUCUUCGAGUAACAGCUUUAGUAUACUGUAAAGAUCUUCUGUGGAUAGGAACAUCAGCCGGCGUUCUUCUUACUAUGCCACUACCACACAUUACUGCGUCUACCGGCAAACUAAACAACAUUCCACCUGUUACUGGGUUGCCUCAUGGUCACACUGGACAUGUUAGAAUAUUAACAUCAGUGGAAAUUCCCUAUCCUUUAGUCAGAAAAGGCACACCAUUAAAGAAAUUGUCAAAAUCGAAAUUACUUUGUGAGAUUCCUCAGGUAAAAACUACAAAAAUGUUGGUUAUAUCUGGAGGAGAUGGAUAUGAAGAUUUUAGAAGCUCGAAUUUAUCAGAAGUUGCAGGACGAGAAGACUCUACGAACCAUUUGCUUCUUUGGAACACCUGAUUUACUAUAAAAUCAGAAAGUCGAGCACCAUUUCAAUUUGUUUCUAAAGAAACAUUAAUUUGAUUAGUAAGGGUUUUGCGAGAUUCGCUUAAGAAAAAAUUUGCCGUCAGGAAUUUUUUACAAGACAAUAACUGAACCUAAUUCCUUAAUUUUUUUGAAGCCAUAUUUGCUUACGUUUAAUUGAUAAACUUAAUUAUAAGACAUAUAUUUUUUUUAAAUAUUUAGUUGUUAGGAUAUUAGCCUAAAAUAAAAUAAAUAGCUGCUAUAAAAUGAAAAUCUUAUACCGUACUAAACGACUAUUUUGUAUAGAAAAAAUUUAUUCAACGGGUAUUAUAGUAUUCAAAUUAUAUUUACAAAAUAGAUAUUUAAUAUGUUGUUAAAAUGUAUACAAGCCUAACCUCUUUAAACAGUCAAUUAAGAUAAAUUUAAUAAAUAUGCGAAUUCUUUUUACUUUGAUUUUGAGAACUUUAAGAUUAUGUUAAAUAAAUGCCCUAGUGUUUUGAAAAUACACUGCCUCUAUUGGCUUUAAAUACUUAUCAUAUAAGUGAUAAUAGGAACAAAAUGAUCGUUUUUUUUUUAAAUAUAUUAGACUGCAGAUACAUGUGUACUUUUUUGAAAGGUUAUAUUUUUAACCUUAAUUUAUCAGAAACUAUUUUUAUAAUAAAAUUUAAAAGAAUCCCUUAAAUAAACUAAUUACUUAUUUUUAAUUAGUUGUAACUUUUAUAUGUUAAUAAAUAUAUCUUCUUUUAAUCAGAAAAUACGUGAAUAAAAAAUCAUAUCUCGAGUGAUGUUUGCAUAUUAACAGUUUCUUUCUUUUUUGGAAAAAAUGGUGAACUUUUUAAUCCAUAUCGUAUUAUAUAUCGGUUUCAUUCUUUAAAAUCAGUUGCUAGGUUUUUUACUCAAGUUUGUAUGUAUAGGUAUUGCAAGUUAUAUAGAACACUGUAUGUAAAGUGUCCAAGAAUAUAUGGUCAAUCUUCAGAAUUCGGAUAGCUUGGUUUUUUUUUAUUUUCUCCUACAGUCCUUUCUCAAAGAGUUAUGUGCCUCUUAGAGGCGCCUCUGAAAAUCGGCUCUUAAAAAACUCUUCCUUAAAAUGGAUCUAUACAGACCACCGCUAACAUAUUUUUAACAUUUUCUAUAGCCUGUAUAAUAGAAGUAUAAACAUAUAUUUCUUUAAACUAGUAAAAAUCUUACUCUGAAAAGGCGCUUUUGAAAAAUAUCAAUUAAAUAAACGGUUUUUAGAAAUAAAAUCUAUUUUUGUGUUAAUAUUUUAAAACAAAAUUAAAGAGAAACACAGUUUUAAACCUGAAUAUUUAUUUAAAAUUAUUAACAACGUAAUCUCAUUCUAAACGUACGCAGCUUCUAACUCUGGUUAAAAAAUGUUAAACCCUUCAUUUAAAAGUUCUGAUUGAUUGUUCUGAAGAAUGCUGGUUAGUGAUUUAGGCGUAAAUGUUUAAGGGGUCAAAUUGAUCUAGUUCAUAAAACAAAAUAAAUACAUGUGGAUAUUCAUAUGUUCAUCUUGUUUUUUAAAAUCGCGUCUUAUUCGUAAAGAGAAUUAGCAUAUUAAAGUCUGAAUUAUUUGCAUGUCUGUGCAAAACCCAAUUUCAGAGUAAUGAGUCGUGAAAAAUCUGGCAGAUUCAUAUUUUUGUACAGAGUAGCGACGCAAUUGUUGUGCUUUAAGAAUUCGAUAAACCAUCCAUUUUGGACAAUCAAGUUAUUUUCGCAUACUUGUAGAAGAAUCUGCCUCACUAUUAUUUUAAUUGGUCUCUUCGGCACUUUCACGGCAAAAAAUCACGAUAAUCGUGAUAAUCGUCUUGAUUUGCACAAUUACAUAUCUUUAAUAAAAGUUCCUAGAAUUAUGCACGGCAUUUAUAUUUCAGUCGACGAUAAACUCGUUUAAACCUUUUCCGAAACAGAAAAUGCUAUUGAGAAAUGUUGCUUAUAAAGGCCAUAAGAUGAUAUUUUAAAAAAAUCGCAAAUAUGUCUUGAGGGACAUAGUCUAUAGAUUAUUAACGUAUUCAAAGGAUUAUUUUGAUUUUCCAAUAUAAAGUUAAUAGUAUUUACAUAAUAGUAGCUCUAACUUUCUCCCACUACUUUAUUUUAGUAGAUAAGAAAAUAAUUUACACUUGAAAAAUCGUAAUUUGCUGAGGUUUACGGUCCGUCCCAUGAUUUAUAAAAAGCAUUUUCUUUUCCCUUAUAGAAGUUGCGCCUUCUAAUGACGAUUUUAGGAACAUAUUUUUAUAUAUAGAUAUUUUUUUAUUCCGCAGGCCAUAACGUCUACUUCCUAGAUAGAGCAGAGAGCCAUUCUUAGUGGGUCUAACUCCGUAAGAAGGGAGAGUAGGAAAAAAUUAAGUUUUUAUAAAUUUAGAUGCUAAGAAAUCAGGAAGAUUGCCUACAUAUUCUGGAACAUUCUGCAUAUGGAUUUUUAACUUUUAGUAGCAAUGGCUUACGGGAAAUGUAUAUGUUAUUAGUUUAUGCCAACAUACAUUUGCAAUAUGAAACUAUUUAUAACCGAUUCAAAGGACAAGUUGAAGUAAAAAAUCUCAUUAGUAGCUUUUUCAUUUUUUGUAAGAAGUUUCUAAAUAGCAUUUAGACUGCUUGACUCUUGAUGUUCAGUUUCUUACUACAUGUAAAAUAUUAAGAAGAACUACAAGUUUUGUAAAAAAUCAACUUAUAGUGGCUUAAUAUGGAGCUAAGUGUUUUGAUGGUUGAAAAUUUUUUAUGGUACAUACUAAUAUGUAAUACCUAUAGUCUCUCUCAGAGGUGUUUAGUUCUAUAAUAGGACCCAGCAUUAUGAAGAACAUCGCUUAUUGUUUUUCUGAUUUCAUCAUAUGAUGACAGUAUUACCCAUUGUCGUACAACUAAGCAAACAAUUGAUUAUUAAAUAAAAACCUAAUUUUUCAAUCAUUAUUUGAUUAAUAUUUAUAUAUCUGGCAACACUGCAUGUCUUACGUUUAGUGACCAUGUAAUAACUGUAAUUUUUUUUGUUGUUUUUGGAAAUUUUUUAAUUUUAAAGGUACAUUAUAUUAAUGCCUAUGGUUAUUUUCAUUAUGAAAUACAUUUUGACGCUUUUUGUAAGUUUGACUCAAUAUUCUAUCAGAAAUAAUUCCAAAUUUAUUAUUUUUAACUAUGGUGGCUCGAUGCAAACGUUUUCUUUUAAAUGAUUUUAAAUCAAUAACAGUAUUUUGAAUUAUUAAGAAUAAUAAAAAGUAUAAUUAAUAAUGACCAGUACAUUUUUAAUGACGGAUCGAAUCAGAGUUAAUUCACAUUGGCAACUAAAACGUACAUACAAUGAUGCAAAAUAUUGAAGGCUCCUGUUUACUUCAUAUACAGUGACCGCCUAAAGUUCCGCAUAAAUUCGAUAAAAAUUAGAGACAUGAUUUUUUGAGAAAACGCUCGGACCCGUCGAUUUUUAUUUUAAGUUGCGCAUUAUUUCACAUAAAUUUUUGUAUACAGGGUGGAACAAAAAA